GAGGUUAGAGUUGUCUAAUGAGGACUAGCUGCGUGCCUCCCCAACCUGAUUGGAUUCCUCACAAAGACCAGCCACGAGCCUUGUCCCGGAUGCCGGACCCCCUCUAUAAAGCGCGCACCGCGAGCCCGGAGCGGGCGCCAGAGACACACACAUAGCACAACCAAAGACAUCGCGGGGUUCGCGGCUAGUGCGCGUGGCCUGCGCCAACCAACUGACUGGACACAGUGCAGAGGCGGCAGACAGGCAGGAAGACCCAAGCUUCCGGCUAGUUGCGUAAUUGCAUGCAGGAUCGGGACAUCGAGCAGAUGGAAGAGGCGGUGAGCGUGAGCUUGAGCCCGGCGCGGCUGCUCGCCGCCGCCGGCGAGCAGCAGGGCGACGCGUCGACGUGGCUCGACCUCACGCUGGGCGUGACCGGCUCGCAGCCGGCGGCGGAGGACUACUCCUCGUCCUUCUCGGACGAAGAGCCGCCGGCCAAGCGCACGCAGCCGCAUCCUCCUCCGGCGGCCGCGGCAGCGCCGCCGACGCCCCACAAGGUGUUCUCGUGCAACUUCUGCAUGAGGAAGUUCUUCAGCUCGCAGGCGCUGGGCGGGCACCAGAACGCGCACAAGCGGGAGCGCAGCGCGGCCAAGCGCUCGUCGUCGCUGUCCUACCACCACGCGCACCGCCAGCGGAUGGUCAUGGCCGGCCUGCCGCUCGAGGCGCACGCCGCGAUCGUGCGCGCCCUCGGGGUCAACCAGGCGAUCCACAAGCCGGUCCGGCAAGAGCCCACGGCGCCGAGGCUCCACGACGGCGUGGUUGGCCCGUGGCCGUCGCUCGUCUACGAGGAGGUGCUCGGCUCCACGUCGUGGCCGGGGAGCUUCAGGAUGAGGACGCAGACGGAGCCACCUUCCCCGGACCAGCAGCUGCUACCAGAGCAAACUAAGAAGAUGGAUUUGAGCCUUAGGCUGUGAAUCGGUGAUAGAUCAUAGAUGGUGAUCAUAGACGUACGUAGAGUUAGCUAGCUUCUUCUGUUAAUUAAUUUGAUUUGACCGGUAAUAUAUGCUCUCCCUGUAUCA